GGUGAAAUCCAACGUCUCCUCAAAGAUACCUUCAGUAUAUCUCAAGAUGCGGAUCAUGAAGAUGUGUACUCAUAUGAGUAUGAAGAUUGCCCAGGCCCCAAUACCCAGAAUCCGGCCUUUGAUCUCAAACACAGAUCUAACACCCCCUGGAAUGCCAAAAUUCUUGAUAUUCUCCUUGAAGAAUUGAAAAAGAGGACCAUAGAAGAGGAGUGGCUGUUUCGGAGGUUGGAUGGAUAUUAUAAGGUGAUACUUGAAGAUCGCUACAAGUGGUUGUGGACAGUCUGGAGAGCAGCACAACCAAAGGUUACAGCAAAGGGUGGCUUGGAGACUGCGGCAGAAGUGGAGGAGAGGUUAAUUGCAAAAAGAGACGAAAAUCUGAAGUCGGUUUGCCAAACAACUUGUCGGCAAAAUAAAUAUCUCCGCAGAGCGAAAGUUCUGGAGCAAGUUAUCGAACUGAAGAAAGAUGGUGAGGACAAGGACCUACCAGCUUGGCAGUGGCUUCAAAAACUAAUCAAGAUGCUG